GCACGUACUCACUAACAAUAUUAAAAGUAAUGAAGCUGUUCAGAGAACGGAUGGAUGACAUCGUCACGCGGUGACGUCACAGAGUGGAGGCAGCCAGCCCAUUUGUCUCCAGGUGCCGCGGUUGGUGCACGCUUCUCUCCGGACGCCGGCUGUCACGCGCGAUUCAGCUGGAGGAGGUCCGCUCAGCUUCCUGCGGAGGUCGCCACCGCUGACCCUGGCCGGCGCCAACAUGCCAGAGCAGGACUCCUCCAAGAUUACGUCGGGUAGCGGUGUCACGGCUGCAGCUGUGGUCCCCAAAGAGAGCAUGCAGCUGAAGAAGGAGAUCUCCCUGCUGAACGGAGUCAGCCUCAUCGUGGGCAACAUGAUCGGCUCAGGCAUCUUCGUGUCACCCAAGGGGGUGCUCAUCUACAGCGCCUCCUACGGGCUGUCGUUAGUUAUCUGGGCGGCGGGCGGGCUCUUUUCGGUGGUGGGCGCGCUGUGCUACGCAGAGCUGGGCACCACUGUCACCAAGUCAGGGGCGUCGUACGCGUACAUCCUGGAAUCGUUCGGUGGCUUCUUGGCCUUCAUCCGCCUAUGGACCAGCCUGCUGAUCAUCGAGCCCACCAGCCAAGCCGUCAUCGCCAUCACCUUCGCCAACUACCUGGUGCAGCCGCUCUUCCCCACGUGCGAGCCGCCCUACACCUCCUCGCGCCUCAUCGCCGCCGCCUGCAUAUGCUUGCUGACCUUCAUCAACUCUGCUUACGUGAAGUGGGGCACCCGCGUUCAGGACGUGUUCACCUACGCCAAGGUGGCCGCCCUCAUCGUCAUCAUCGUCACAGGCAUCAUCAAGUUGUCCCAGGGUUACACCAACAACUUUGAGUCGGCCUUCCAGGGCUCCUCCACAGACCCCGGCAACAUCGCGCUGGCGCUCUAUUCGGCGCUCUUCUCUUACUCAGGCUGGGACACGCUCAACUUUGUCACUGAGGAGAUGAAAGACCCCGAAAGGAACCUUCCUCUGGCCAUCGCCAUCUCCAUGCCAAUCGUCACCAUCAUCUACAUCCUCACCAAUGUGGCUUACUACGCCGUGCUGGACAUGAGCGCCAUAUUGGCGAGUGAUGCUGUGGCUGUGACAUUUGCAGAUCACACGUUAGGCGUGAUGAGUUGGAGCAUCCCCAUCGCUGUGGCGCUGUCCUGCUACGGCGGCCUCAACGCCUCAAUCAUCGCCGCAUCCAGGUUGUUCUUCGUGGGGUCCCGCGAGGGUCACCUUCCCGAUGCUCUGUCCAUGAUCCACACGCAGAGAUUCACGCCCAUCCCCGCUCUCAUCUUCAACUGCGUGAUGUCUCUGAUCUACUUGACGGUGGAGGACGUGUUCCAGCUCAUCAAUUACUACAGCUUCAGCUACUGGUUCUUCAUGGGCUUGUCCGUCGCAGGACAGAUCUACCUGAGGUGGAAGGAACCGCAACGGCACAGACCGCUCAAACUAAGCCUGUUUUACCCGGUGGUGUUCUGCAUGUGCGCCGUGUUCCUGGUCGCCGUGCCUCUCUACAGUGACACGCUCAACUCCCUUAUCGGCAUCGCCAUCGCCCUGUCGGGAGUGCCAGUCUACUUCCUGGGGGUCUACCUGCCCGAGUCCAAGCGGCCCCCUGUCAUCACCAAGCUUCUGCGUUCUCUGACCCACUGCACUCAGUACACUUGCUUCUGCGUCCUCACCGAGACGGACAAGCAUGAGUAAAGAGAUACCAGCAGCGCUACAAUGGAUGACUGAAGAAAAAUAAAUAUAGACCUGGCUUUAGUCACUUGUAUGUACACACAACUACUUCGAUUGAGUCAAGCGGGAAAAUGGUGCACUUAUGUUUCUUCGUCUUUUAUGAAUUGGCCGAUGUCACCGGCUUGCCUUGCAA